UGGAGAAUCCGGUUGUCUCUGUGAGGUUGAAGGCUUACACGGCUUUGAGAAGAACAAUACUGGCACGGUCGAGCAAAUGCCGGUCCCUCUUGCUCCGUAUCCCACACCUCCACCUCCAUUAGCACCACCAAAUGGUGGGCAGAGCCAACUUGUUUGUUCUGGCUGUAGAAAUCUCCUUCUCUAUCCACAAGGGGCGAAAUCAGUAUGCUGUGCUGUUUGCAGAGCAGUGACCACUGUACCUCCUCCUGGGACAGAAAUGGCACAGUUGAUCUGUGGAGGAUGCCACACGCUACUGAUGUAUAUACGAGGAGCAAGCAGCGUUCAGUGUUCUUGCUGUCACACGGUAAAUCUGGCUCUGGAAGCAAAUCAGGUAGCACAUGUGAAUUGUGGGAACUGCCAAAUGCUGCUGAUGUAUCAAUAUGGAGCAAGAUCAGUGAAAUGUGCAGUCUGCAACUUUGUCACUUCCAUUGGGGCUUCUCCAAGCACUGAGCAAAAAGCCUAGCAUUUGAGUACCUUGAAUCACAGAGCUUCUUCCAUCUCUUAUGCAAAGCUGUCUUGUGACACCAAAUGUAUAGAGCUUCUUCUCUAGGCUAAUCCUUCCUUUUGGCAUGUCUAAGGUGUGAAGGUCAUCAUGGAGAGCAUGUCCUCAACUGAGCUUGGAUGGCUAAUAUUUUCUUCUUCUGUCUUGUGUCAACUGUACUUUAUGAUGACAUGAUUUGCAUCUCUGUGUCAAAAUGUUGCAGAAGAUUAUUCAAAGGUUGUUAUUGCAUA